AUGGCGCCCUCGGCUUCAACGCAACAAAUCCUCCUCUCCCCCGCCGAGCUCUCCUACCUGCACACCUCCCUGUCCCUACACCCCCCCAUCCGCCCCGACGGCCGCAGCGCGACAGAUUUCCGGCCGCUGCACGCUGAGACGGAGCUCCUGCCGGGGACGUACGGGAGCGCGCGCAUAUGUUUUGCUGAUGGGACGGAGGCUGUUGUGGGGGUUAAGGCUGAGGUUGAGAAAUCGGUCCCUAGUUAUGUCGGGCAUGGCGAGGGAGGUGGAGGGGAUGAGGAGAAGGGACGGAAUGAGUGGGUGGAGAUUGGUGUGGAGAUUCCGGGCAUGAGGGAUGAUGAUAGCAUGCCUGUAUUUUUGGCGGCUAUGUUGAGUGAGAGUCUGUUGGCUGAUGGGGCGUUUACGGCGAGGUUGUGGAUUAAUAGCAGGUUUCAUUGGAAGUUAUAUCUUGAUAUACUGCUCCUUUCGCAACCGCUCUCUUAUCCACUACCAUUGUUGUCUUUAACGACACAUCUGGCGUUACUAUCGACGAGAUUACCAAAGUUAAAGUCAGAGCAAGAUGAGGAUCCGUUAUUCGACGAUGACUGGGAUGCAUCUGUGCAUCUGUAUCCAGCCGGCUCGGCGAAACCAUCUGUUACGCUGCUUGUUAUGGCUGUAAAGGACAAUAUCAUUUUCGAUCCGUCAAAAGAAGAGCUUUCUGUUGCCGAAGUUGUACUUGCGGUUUCAAUUGCUUCGGACUCUGCGUCUGCUGCCAGUGGGGGAAUGGAGGUGGAUUCUGGAGCUGGGAGACAGUUGACGCUGCUGGCUGUAAGGACGAUUGAUCCCCCCAGCCGACUGACGCAUCCGGGUGUGCCUAAUAGCUUGAAUACGGCGACCGGGGGAACUGCGGCAGCCAGUCUUGAGCAAGAGAAUAGUAAGAGGGAGGGCCUGCACGAAGAGGGGGUGUGGCAGCCACCGAGGGGAGGAGCAAAGAGGAAGUUAAUUGCUGGGAUGAUUGCUAAGGUACUGGAAAAGGGAGGUGUAGGCGAGGAGGUUCUGGAUGGUUUGGAUGCUGUGGAGUUGGGCUAG